AAUUGUCAAUAAAGUGUUUAUUCAUGCUCUAAUGUAAAAUUAUAUUUUGUUGAAUAUCCUUUAGCAUAUGCGAAUAAUUUAUACUUAAAACAAAGAAUAUAACCUGGUAUCUUUUGAGCAUUAUGGCAUCUGAACGCUACAGCUUCUCCUUGACGACUUUCAGUCCGUCUGGAAAGUUAGUUCAAAUAGAAUAUGCAUUGGCUUCUGUGGCUGCUGGUGUCCCAUCAGUUGGAAUAAAAGCUUCUAAUGGUGUUGUUCUAGCUACUGAGAAGAACUAUAAGUCCGUUCUCUAUGAAGAACACAGCAUCCACAAAGUUGAAAUGAUAACUGAUCACAUUGGGAUGGUUUAUAGUGGCAUGGGACCCGAUUAUCGUUUGUUGGUGAGGCGUGCUCGCAAGCUAGCUCAGCAAUACUAUUUGAGGUAUGGUGAACCUAUUCCAACCAGCCAGUUAGUUCAGAGAGUUGCUUAUAUCAUGCAAGAGUAUACACAAUCAGGUGGUGUCCGUCCUUUUGGAGUUUCUCUUUUGAUUGCUGGCUGGGACAGCAAUAGACCGUAUCUUUUCCAAUGUGAUCCAUCUGGAGCUUAUUUCGCAUGGAAAGCUACAGCAAUGGGCAAAAAUCAUGUCAAUGGCAAAGCUUUCUUAGAAAAAAGAUAUAGCAAGGAAUUGGAAUUAGAAGAUGCUAUCCAUACAGCAAUUUUGACGUUAAAGGAGGGAUUUGAAGGUCAAAUGACUGCAGAUAAUAUUGAAAUUGGUAUCUCUAACGAAAAAGGAUUUAGGCGUUUGCAACCUUCUGAAGUUAAGGACUAUUUGGCUACUAUUAAUUGAUUCUUCUGUUAGUCUUGUAUGACGUUUUGCACACUAAUAAAAUGUGAUUUUUUUAGUA